CACUCACAGCAGCCUUGUCUCUCACUUCUACCUCUCCCACGGCCUUCCAUACCUCGCGGAUCUCAGUUAUUCGCUCGACUUGAUCGAACCCUCACUUUCCCACGCGCUAUUCUAUCCUUGUUUUUCACGGCAUCAACGCCGCAGCCCACCCCACCACCCCACUACCUCUGGUCCAACCCUCCAACAACGGGCAAGAUGCUCAAGAUAUGGUCUAUGAAGCAGAAGCAGCAGCAGGAUGAGUCUGCUGCGACAGGACCGAAGAAGAAGAAGGUCACCGCUGCGCAGCUGCGAGUCCAGAAAGAUCUCUCGGAGCUAUCACUAGGCUCAACCAUGAAGACCGACUUUCCCAACCCCGACGACAUUCUAAACUUUACCCUGACAAUCGAGCCGGACGAGGGCAUGUACAAAGGCGGCCGCUUCAACUUCAACUUCGCCAUCAACCAGAACUUCCCACACGACCCGCCAAAGGUCAAGUGCACUCAGAAGAUCUACCACCCGAACAUCGAUCUAGAGGGCAACGUCUGCUUGAACAUUCUCAGGGAGGACUGGAAGCCGGUGUUAAACCUGAACGCGGUGAUCGUGGGACUGCAGUUUCUCUUCCUGGAACCAAAUGCGUCCGACCCGCUAAACAAGGAGGCUGCCGAAGACCUCAAGUCGAACCGAGAAGGCUUCAAGCGCAACGUGCGGUCAGCCAUGGGAGGAGGCGCCGUCAAGGGCCAGUCAUACGAGCGCGUCCUCAAAUGAGGGUUGAGAUAAUGCAGACUGGCGGGGUGUUGAUUUUGACGAGAUCAUAGCGAGCAUCUGCUAUUCGGAGUCUUGGGUUUGGGGCGUACAUACUCGGGGUGUCCCGAUACUCUGGUCGGUGAACUAUGCAGCUUUACAUGAAGGGCAGAUUUCGGGUUUGGUUGAGCGGUUGGCAAAUUCUAGAGCAGAGAUCUGAGGCCGUCGCAUAGAAC